AUGGCUUCCACCUCUACUAACGGCGCUGCUGCUGCAGCCGCCUCCGGCUCCGGCUCCACACAGACCGCCGACAUGACCUCGCGCGACUACUACGCCGACUCGUACGCCCAUUUCGGCAUUCACGAAGAGAUGCUCAAGGAUGAGGUUCGAACUCGCUCCUACCGCAACUCAAUCAUUAACAACCCUCAUCUCUUUAAGGAUAAGAUUGUCCUCGAUGUCGGCUGUGGUACCGGUAUCCUUUGCAUGUUCGCUGCCAAAGCCGGCGCUAAAAAGGUCAUCGGUGUUGACAUGUCCAACAUCAUCGACCAGGCCAAGAUCAUCACUGAAGUCAACGGUUUCAAGGACACUAUCCAUCUCGUCAAGGGCAAGCUCGAAGAAGUUGAUCUCGGUCUCGGACCCGAUGGCAAGGUCGAUAUCAUCAUCAGCGAAUGGAUGGGUUACUUCUUGCUCUACGAGAGCAUGCUCGACACAGUCCUCAUGGCAAGAGACAAGUACCUUGCUCCUGGAGGAAUGAUGUUCCCUGACAAAGCCACCAUGUAUAUCUCCGCCAUCGAAGACCAAGAGUACAAGGAUGAGAAGAUUGGUUUCUGGGACGACGUCUACGGUUUCAACUACUCUUGCAUCAAGGACAUUGCUCUCCGUGAACCUCUCGUAGACACUGUUGACAUCAAGAGCGUCGUUUGCGACCCUUACCCCAUCAAGCAGCUCGACCUUCUCACUGUGACAAAGCAAGAGUUGUCGUUCGAGUCAGAAUUCACUCUCAACGCAACAAGGGACGACUACGUUCACGCAUUUCUCGGCUGGUUCGAUAUCUCCUUCGACGCCUGCCACAAACCAGUACAGUUCUCCACCGGUCCUCACUCGCGUUACACCCACUGGAAACAGACUGUUUUCUACACAAAGGAUGUUCUGGCUGUCAACCAGGGCGACUCUAUCACGGGCAAGUUGGUCUGCAGACCUAACGAGAGGAACAACAGGGAUCUCGACAUUACUAUCGACUACGAGGUGCACGGCGCUACAGCUACAAAGGGGAGGAUGGAGUACAAGAUGUCCUGA